AUGGACAAGGGCCAAGACCAGCUGCCGUCCUUACCCGUCCCUCCUUUGGAUCAGACCUUGACAAGAUACCUAGAGUCGAUCCGACCCCUGACUUCCGAUGAUGAAUACAACCGAAUGGCCGAUGCAGUCCAGCAAUUUAAUCAGUCCGGUCAAGGCCCUUCGCUUGACCAGAGGCUGCGUAAACAUGCCAAGGAAUGCGAAGCGAGAGGCACGAGCUGGUUGGCAGAGUGGUGGGAUGAUUGGGCUUACUUCUCACACCGCGACUCGUCCACGUUCUUUGUCAACUACUAUUUCGGAUUCCAGGAUGAUCCGCGCAUGCCCACCCAAACAGCCCGCGCUGCGCUGCUCGUCAGUCUUGCCCUGGAAUUCAGGCAAUUGAUCUCAAAUCGAACAUUGACUCCUGAUAUGGCUAGAAAUUCGCCCUUCUGCAUGAACAUGUACCGCUUCCUGUUCAACUACAGCCGCAUCUCCGGGACCCCCACUGAUGCCGCCGUCGGCUUCCCUACUGAGGCCAACAAUCACAUAUGUGUCGUCCGCAAUGGCAAGUUCUACAUCUUCGAGACACAGCAUAUACCCUCAAAGCCAUCUUCAGUUCUCAGUCCACGCGAGAUCAUGAUCCAGUUGGAGCGCAUUAAAAAGAUGGCCGACGAUGACAAGUCGUCUGCCCCCGCCGUCGGCAUCCUGUCCACGGGCCAGCGCGAUCAGGCUGCCAAGGACCGUGUCACUCUCUUCGAGGCCCAUGCGACUAACAAGGCCCAUAUGGCCAAGAUCGAGUCCUCGAUGUUUGUCCUUUGCUUGGACUCGACUUCGCCCUCGACAUCUGAAGAGUUCUCACGCGCGUGCUGGCAUGGAGACGGAGCCAGUCGUUGGUUCGACAAAUGCUUCCAGUUGAUCGUCUUUGCGAAUGGCCGUGCAGGAAUGAAUGGAGAGCACUCCAAGAUGGAUGCAACCCCCACGUCGCGUCUCUGCCGCUACCUAAUUGACGAGGCCCAGGCUCGUACCCUGCCAGACUUUCGAGGACUGAAUGCAGAGGAUUUGUACGAAAUCGCCUCUGUUCUGGAUAAGCCCCAGCCGCUCAGCUUUGUCAGCAGCUCCGCUCUCGACAGGGCCAUUGCGAACGCCUUUGCGUACUUCAGGGCCACUGUGGACGCACACGAGAUGAUCCCGACAGAGUUCAGGGGCUAUGGCAAGGGUCUCAUCAAAUCGUUUAAAAUGUCGCCGGAUGCCUAUGUGCAAAUGGCUCUGCAGCUUGCCUAUUACCGCAAGCACAAAGAGUUGGUUGCUACAUACGAAUCUGCAGCCACACGAAAGUACCGGCACGGUCGCACAGAGACAGCCCGAUCGUGUUCCAACGAAAGCAAGGUCUUUUGCGAGGCCAUGGAUAAUCCCGACGCAAGUCUUAAAGUGCGCGUUGCUGCCUGCCGCGCUGCCGUCGCGAGACAUGCACAGUACACUGCCUGGGCCGUGGAUGGACAGGCAGUCGAUCGUCAUCUGCUUGGUCUGCGGUUGAUCCGGAAGCCAGAUGAGCCGAUUCCGGCCCUAUUUGCAGACCCAGUCUUCGCACGUACUUGCCGCUGGCGACUCUCGACAUCUCAAAUCUCAGACGACUGCUUCAUUGCAUAUGGAUGGGGUGAGGUUGUUCCGGAUGGCUAUGGAUGUGCCUAUAUGGUCAAGGAGUCAGAGCUGUACUUUUGUGUAACGAGUUUGAAGCUGGGCUCCAAAGAAUUUGGCCAACACAUUGUCGACGCGCUCGAGGACAUGCGGUUCACGUUCGAGGAGGUACGCAAGAUUGAAAAGGCCGAG